AUGGAAGAAACUGGGAAUAUGACCAGAGGCACUUUUAUUUUAUUAGGAUUCCCUUCCUGUAGGCCAUUACAAAUACUGCUUUUUUUCAUCUUCUUUUUAGCCUAUAUUUUGACUAUUAUGGAACACCUUUUCGUCAUUGUCAUCCUUUGGACUAAUUCCAGACUCCAUAAACCAAUGUACUUUUUUCUGGGACAUUUGUCUUUCCUGGAGUUGUGGUAUACUACAGUGACUAUUCCCAAACUGCUGUCUGUUCUCCUGGUAGAAAGUGGGCAAAUUUCAUUACCUGCUUGCAUGUCACAACUUUUCUUCUUUAUUUCCCUGGUAUGCACAGAAUGUGUCCUGUUGGCUGUAAUGGCUUUUGACCGUUUUGUGGCAAUAUGCAAGCCAAUGCAUUACAUCACUAUAAUGAGGUGGCGCCUCUGUUUCAUUUUGGUUUCCGGAUCCUGGCUUACGGGCUUCCUUAUAUCUUUCAUUAAGGUUUAUUACAUCGCUCGUCUUAAAUUUUGCCAUUCAGGAGUCAUAAAUCACUUCUUUUGUGAUAUUUCUCCUUUACUGAACAUGUCCUGCACCGACAUAAAGGUCACUGAGCUUGUGGAUUUUAUUCUAGCCCUAAUCAUCCUCCUUCUCCCAUUAUUACUUACUGUUAUUUCCUAUGUUUGCAUUCUGAUUACCAUCAUACAAAUGCCGACUUCAAGUGGGCGCUAUAAGGCCUUUUCUACAUGUGCAUCACAUCUAACAGUGGUUAUCAUAUUUUAUACAGCCACACUCUUUAUGUAUGCAAGGCCCAGUAGGGCACAAGCCUUAAACUAUACCAAGUUUGUAUCUGUCAUUUAUACAGUCAUAACACCUUUUCUUAAUCCUAUUAUCUACUGUCUGAGAAAUAAGGAUGUAAAACAUGCAAUAUUUAAGUUGUUUCAGCCAAAGAAUAUGGCCCAUGGGCAAUUUUUUCCUGGCUCUUAG